AAGAGAAAACAUCAAAUCUCAUAAAAAAAAAACUCUAGGCCUCAUUCUAGAGCUGUCAUGAAGAGAGAGCGAAAGUGAAAAGCAGUUUCAGACCCUCCACGUUUCCAUUCCAGAGUCUUGCAGGAGACAUGAAAUGAAAGACACUUACCUGUAACCAAUGAGUUGAAGGAUUUGGAUUUUUGUCUGAAAUUGACCCCAGCAGGCACCAGGCCACCUUCGACAAACAAGGAUAUGCCCUAAGCAUAUUCUACAUCCUUGUCCAAAUUAACAAUGAACAAGAAUUAGUGAUGAUCUAUGGCGGAUUUACACAUGCUAAUCUAAUAUAUAUAAAGAAAAUGAAUCAUCUAAUCCAAUCAACACCAAAAUUAUCAAAACAAACAUGGAUGGCAUUAAAAUUGUGCUAGUCACUGGCUGUGCUAAAGGUGGCAUUGGCUAUGAAUACUGCAAGGCAUUUUCCGAGCAAAACUGCCAUGUAAUUGCUUCCGACAUCCCCCAACGCAUAGACGACAUGUUAGACCUCAAAAUAUCCAAGAACAUUGAGACACUGAGCCUCGAUGUUUCGUCCGACGAAAGCGUCUCAUCGGCGGUGAACGCUAUUAUAUCCAAGUACGGUCGGAUAGACAUAUUAGUCAACAAUGCCGGCGUAGGAAGUACAGGCCCUUUGGCAGAGCUUUCGCUAGACACAAUCAGGAAAGCUUGGGAAAUUAACACAUUAGGGCAAUUAAGGAUGGUUCAAAAGGUCGUGCCCUACAUGGCAAGUCAGGGCAGUGGAUGCAUAGUAAAUAUAGGGAGCGUCGUCGGGAUGGUCCCUACCCCGUGGGCAGGGUCUUACUGCGCCAGUAAAGCGGCAGUGCAUGCCAUGGCUAAUACUCUGAGAGUGGAGCUUAGACCUUUCGGAAUCAAUGUGGUGCUAGUGGUUCCUGGUGCCAUAAGAUCAAAUUUCGGCAGGGCUAACUCAGAGACACUGGCAAAUCACGAUUGGAAACUCUACAAGGAUUACAAGGAAGCUAUUGCUGAGAGAGCUAGGGCUUCUCAAGCUGCCAAAGCAAUGGAUGCUAGUGUUUUUGCAAGACAUGUGGCCACCAAAGUUUUGAGUCCUAAGCCUCCAAAGCAAAUUAUAUUUGGUCAUAUGACUGGUUGGUAGCUUCAAAUUCUGCUCUUCAUCUCGUCUUUCAAGCUCAGUGCAGGAUCGCAUGGUAGUCGAUCAUGGAUCAUAGCUCGGAAAGCGCAAUGGGUCGCCGAAGAUUAUGCCUGUCUCACAUUAGUCAGCAUUGUUCGUCUCUGGUUAACUAUCCUUGAUCCAAAUGGUGGUGCUAUGUUAUCUUGCCUUGGAUGGUUCAUCAACGUCUUCUGCUUAACUUUCUCCAAUCGUUGUGGGUCUGCUCCUUGGUUGCAUGUGGCUGACAGUCUGCCUUUUCUUCUCAUUGCUUUCCUAGGGCUUCGAUAUGGUAACUAUGGCCAAUAGUUACUGUUGUUGGAGAGUUUUUUACUUUUAAACUUCGAUUCGGCGGCGGAGCAACACAAAGGAGGAGCAAUACAGAUAGGUUUUUAUUUCAUUGCAUUUUUCUUUUUGAAUCAAGAUGUAUUCGGGUUGAGUCUUUCUUUUAAUUGUUUAUUUUUCUUUUGAUUCUAGAAGCCUCACUUUUGUAUCUAGACCAUGGUCUUUGCUAUGGUAAUAGAAA